AUGUGGGGCUUCUCGCCAUUGGCUGUCGCCUCGAUCCCAGACUUUGCACCGCGCAUCUUCAUCACGUCAUCGGCCUCCACGGGUGCCGCCUCAGACCUGCCUCUGGAGUCGGACGGACAGACCGGUGCCGCCUCAGACCUGCCUCUGGAGUCGGACGGACAGACCGGUGCCGCAUCAGACCUGCCUCUGGAGUCGGACGGACAGACCGGUGCCGCCUCAGACCUGCCUCUGGAGUCGGACGGACAGACCGGUGCCGCAUCAGACCUGCCUCUGGAGUCGGACGGACUGACCGGUGCCGCCUCAGACCUGCCUCUGGAGUCGGACGGGCUGACCGGUGCCGCCUCAGACCUGCCUCUGGAGUCGGACGGACUGACCGGUGCCGCCUCAGACCUGCCUCUGGAGUCGGACGGACAGACCGGUGCCGCUCAGACCUGCCUCUGGAGUCGGACGGACAGACCGGUGCCGCCUCAGACCUGCCUCUGGAGUCGGAUGGCACAACUGGUGCCGCCUCAGACCUGCCUCUGGAUUCGGACGGACAAACUGGUGCCGCCCUCAGACCUGCCUCUGGAGUCGGACGGACAGAUCGGUGCCGCCUAG